UCGGUGGUAUUGCAGCCCUGCCAAAAACUGCAGAUUCACGGCAUUUACCAUCCGAAUUUUGUAAAACUUUUUCUUGAAACGAGUAUAAAUACUUUGCUUGCGAAAUGACUGUGACUGCCACGCCGAUGCCCGAUAAUAUGCGGGUUAAAGCACUGUCCGACUACAGAAAGAAACUGCUGGAGCACAAGGAAAUCGAAGGGCGUCUCAAAGAAAAACGUGAUGAGAUCAAGGAACUUACCAAACUGUAUGACAAGUCGGAGAAUGAUCUCAAGGCGCUGCAAAGUGUGGGACAAAUCGUGGGUGAAGUCCUGAAGCAGCUAACCGAAGAUAAAUUCAUUGUGAAGGCUACCAACGGACCCCGCUAUGUGGUCGGCUGCCGUCGCCAGCUGCACAAGGCGAUGCUGAAGUCUGGCACUCGUGUGGCCCUGGAUAUGACCACACUGACCAUAAUGCGUUAUCUGCCGCGCGAAGUGGAUCCCUUGGUGUACAAUAUGUCGCAUGAGGAUCCCGGUGAUGUUACAUAUUCGGCCAUCGGUGGUCUCACCGAGCAGAUUCGUGAGCUGCGCGAGGUGAUUGAGCUUCCGCUACUCAAUCCGGAGCUGUUCUUGCGUGUCGGUAUCACUCCGCCCAAGGGUUGUCUGCUCUAUGGACCGCCUGGUACGGGCAAAACACUCUUGGCCCGUGCCGUUGCCUCCCAACUGGAUGCCAACUUCCUCAAGGUCGUGUCCUCGGCCAUUGUCGACAAGUAUAUUGGCGAGAGUGCUCGUCUCAUUCGUGAGAUGUUCAACUAUGCCCGCGAUCAUCAGCCCUGCAUCAUAUUCAUGGACGAGAUCGAUGCCAUUGGCGGGCGUCGCUUCUCUGAGGGCACAUCGGCGGAUCGCGAAAUCCAGCGCACGCUGAUGGAGCUGCUCAACCAAAUGGAUGGCUUUGACUCCUUGGGACAGGUGAAAAUGAUCAUGGCCACAAAUCGUCCAGACACCCUCGAUCCGGCCCUGUUGCGUCCUGGACGUUUGGAUCGUAAAAUUGAAAUUCCACUGCCCAAUGAGCAGGCACGCCUGGAGAUUCUCAAGAUUCAUGCUCUGACAAUUGCCAAGCACGGGGAGAUCGACUAUGAAGCCAUUGUCAAGUUGUCGGAUAACUUUAAUGGCGCCGAUUUGCGCAAUGUGUGCACAGAGGCUGGUCUCUUUGCCAUCAGGGCUGAGCGCGAGUAUGUCAUCCAGGAAGACUUUAUGAAGGCUGUGCGCAAGGUAUCGGAAAACAAGAAGCUGGAAAGCAAAUUAGAUUAUAAGCCAGUCUAAUGGCAUCAAAUGAUCCUUUAAUAAAGAUUAAAUUACACACAUCUAAAUACACAUAAUUAUUUAUAUAUAUAUAUAUAUAUCUGCAUAUAAUAUAAUAUGUUCAUGUAACAGAUUUGUCAAACAUAGUCCGUUAAUUUUGUCCGAUAAACUAAUUAAAUGCUAUGUAAAGAUAA